AUGAAUAUCAAGAACAUCCUGUCUCCUCCAGGGACCAAGAGUCCAUGUCAGGUGACUGAGGGCAUUCUGAACAUCUGGCGUCGUCAUCGGCGGAAUGCACGAGGCAUUGUGGUGCUGCAUUGCACUAAGCCGAGUGUGUGGAAUCAUACUAUGGUGGUCUACACGCCAGAGGUGCUUCUCAAAGACCCAAAUGUCGCAGUUGCGUACCCUUCACGCUUCGGCAACUGGGUCUUCCUAGGCUACUCUGACUAG